AUGCUAAAUCCUGAGGUGGCAUGGGGGUUGUUUGAGGAGGGGGCAACCCUGGUUGUUAUGAGCGUUCUUGAGGGCACAGAGCUCGGUAUCAACUACAAGAGCUGGCAGGUCGGGUCUUGCUUCCAGGGGGUGAAGAUGAUCCCACCAGGCCUCCACUUCCUCCACUACUGUUCCUCCAACGCACCAGACCAUGGGGGUGAAACAGGCCCUAAAAAAGGCCUCUGAAAGAGCGAGAUCUGUCUGGCCAACUGGGACCCCAAAGAGGAGGAUCUGGACAUCUCUGCCUCCCAAAAUGAAGAGGAGGUGGGCUGGGUCUGGGUGGGCCUACAAGACCUGGACCUUUUCCUGGGCCCCUACCAGUACGAGCUGAUGUACACAUGUGUCUCCCUAACUGCCUGGGUGAACCAGGAGCUAGCCACAAGGUUGCAGCUUCUCCUGGGUUGUAUGUGUGCCGUCAACAACCUAAUCCCAUAACUUUAGCUCAACACCAAGACCCGUGAGGAACAGAACCUGCCUAGGAACGAAAAGUGUCAGACCAUGAAGGAGGAGCUGGACAGGCUGCACAGGAUGAAGCCGAGAGAUGGGACUGAGGUUCUCCCCAGGCAGACCUACCCUCCCGGAGCCACCCCAGCCCAGAUCACUCAGUAUAGCCCAGACCUGAGUUAUGCCCUGGACAUUCCGUUGGAGAGACACAACCAGCAGCAACCACUCAAUGAGCUAGGUGAGCUGCAGUUUGCAUUUGUGUAUUUUCUCAUUGGGACAUUGUACUACGAGGGCUUUGAGCAUGGGAAGCAUCUGCUGGGCCUGCUGUGUCGUAGUGAGAGCCCGGAUCUAUACCUGGUCCUCAUCUCUGUGCUCUACCAGCAGCUGGGAGAGAUACCUACAGACUUCUCUGUGGACGUUGUGUCUCAGGACAACAACCUCACCUCCACGUUACAGGACUUGUUCCAGUUUGCCAGUGGGCCUGGGGUGGAUGGCACCCUGCAGAAGAGGGCAGAGAAGUUCAAGGCCCACCUGACCACUGAGGUAGAUCCUGAUGAUUGUGACCCUGUUGUAGUGUUACUGCCUGAGAGGAUCACACUGGACUGA